CAUAAGACUCAGACCAGCAGCUCACCUCUCAACUCUCGUCGAUGGCGAAAUGCAGCAAGAUCCACAACAUCGUCUUGCUCCGACAGACCCUGCGCCGGUGGCGGUCCCGUGCCGCGGCGCGCGCCGCUGCGGAUGACCGCGCGGUGUCGGUACCAGCGGGGCACGUGGCGGUGUGCGUGGGCAGCGCGUCGCGGCGGUUCGUGGUGCGCACGGCGCACCUGAACCACCCCGUGUUCCGGGAGCUACUCCGGCAGGCGGAGGAAGAGUACGGGUUCCCAUCCGGCGCUUCCGGCCCCAUCGCGCUCCCCUGCGACGAGGACCGCUUCCGGGCCGUCCUCCGCCGCGUGUCCGCCGAGGAGCGCCGCGGCGUGCCGGCCGUCAGCAGCAGCGACGUCGCGGCGCGGCCGUUGCUGCCGAGGGUGGCAGCGGAGGAGCUCGUGUGGUGACCGAUCGAUGGAAGCAACAAGCAUAGGCCAUUCGGCAUACGUGGCUACGUGCUCUGUUCUCACAUGAGGUAGCCCUGGCGAUUUGACUCCGGCGGCGGCAGCGGUGGCAGCAGCAACUGGUCUUCCGUACGCGGAAAUGGCGAAAUCAUGUCGCCGCAGGGAAGACUCCGCCCGCCCAGCCGCGCACACGGCAACCGCCGGAGGCCCGAAUAUCUUAUUGACGGACGUGGUCCGGUGCCCGGUGUAGCGGCCAGCGGCGCCCCGAAACACGAAUAGGGGACGGUGCCGCGCGUGAGCAACCGAGGCUCUGUACGACUUGGAAAGUUGAUUGUAGUUAGAAGAAAUUUUUAGUAGUGAUUAGUUCAAGAUGAAGAUGACGAUUUUUGUGAUUGUCGUAAUUAAUCUGUAGCAUUCCUAGCCGGUAAUGAUAAAGAAUUGCUCCAUGUUGCACAUUCACUUUCUAAUUGUCUGUCAUGUGUUUCAACUAUUUGGUCUUGGC